UUUUUGGCAAAUGUUACCCAGACCACCGAAAGCUUAGUACACUAUCCUCCGCCCUUCAUCAGCCUAUUAUCCCCACAUCGCACCCUCUAUAAUCAAUACGACUCUCGAAAAGAACGUAAGGGGAUUUAUCGUACGGUAUCUGAGGCGGUCAAGCUUCCACGUGUAAAAUAAAACUCGAGGUGGCUUAUUGUUCGCCGACUUUAUUGUCGAGUUAGGUGGAAAGCAGUAUCGAUUUCACUUGUCAAAGACUAUCAGUAACUCAAAAUAAAAUUACUCCAAUGACUAUCAUUGCCGGAUCAUCACAAUCACCUUCUCUUAUACAUCAUCCAACACCGAUAGUUGUCAACAACAAAAGGACGUCAGAAGAUACUGUGCCUGGCGAGGUACGAUUGGAAGAGGAGAAAUAUGGACGAACGGAUAGCGACACGACUAUAGUGUCCAGGGAGAAUGUAGGGAAAUUGGGCAGCAUUCGGAAGCAUGGUAGAGGAUUGACAGAGGGUGAUAACGAGGUGCCGGACAUGCCAAAAAACAACUUGGCUUUGGUGAUGCCUGCUCUUGGUCUAGUACUUUUUCUGGCGGCCUUGGAUCAAACGAUUGUUGCAACAGCGCUCCCUACUAUCGCAGAAGAUCUCAACUCAUCACCCUCGGAGUAUUCGUGGGUGGGCACGGCCUACAUGCUGUCCUCGACAGUCCAGACUCCUUUCAAUGGUCGUGUCUCAGACAUCAUUGGUAGGAAGCCAAUGCUGUAUGCGGCUAUUGUGAUCUUUACCGUCUUUUCUGCACUGUGCGGUGCCGCUAAAAGCUCGAGCUGGUUGAUUAUCGCCAGAGCAUUUCAAGGACUAGGCGGUGGAUCUAUCAUUGGAUUAACCUCCAUUAUUGUCUCGGAUAUCGUCCCCCUUGAAAAGCGUGGAGCGUAUCAAGGGCUUUUGGGAUCUUCAUGGGGCAUAGCUGCGGUAUUGGGUCCUCUGCUUGGCGGAGUUCUCACCGAAAAAGCGUCUUGGAGAUGGUGUUUCUACAUCAACCUUCCCACAUGUGGACUUGCAUUCGUGCUUCUCAUAUUUACUCUGAAACUUAAUCCUACUCGCAAGCUUACAUUCAAACAACUUUUAGCCACUUUCGACUUUGUAGGACUAGCUCUUUUACUCAUUUCAUGCGCUCUUCUUAUUGUUGGCUUUUCCCGAGCAGCUGAUUACGGCUUUGAUACCCCAACUUCAUACGGCAUUAUAAUCGCAGGCGCUGUUGUUUUUGUCGCCGCUGUUGUCAACUUUUUAAUGACCAAACGUAACGCUAUCAUACCCUCAAGAAUGUUCAAGAACAGGACAACGCUAUUUUUCCUCCUUGGAUCGACCCUGCACGCCAUCGCUUUCCUGCCUUCUAAUUAUUUACUUCCGCAAAUGUUACAAGGACUUCGAGGCGAUACACCUCUUGAGUCAGGGGUUCACUUGUUACCCUAUGCCCUUCUUGUCGCUUGGAUGACUGUGGUCGCUGGACAGAUCAACUCUCGUCUCCGUAUCAUUCGUCCUGUUGUCUGGAUAGGCUAUGCGUUGGCUGCAAUUGGAUUUGGACUGUUUUAUAAGUACUACACGGCUGAUGUUUCCUACGCAACACAGGAGGGCUUGUUGGUCAUUGCCUCCACUGGCAUUGGGUUGAGCCUUCAAUCUCCUCUGCUAAUUUUGCAAGCGGCUAUGCCGCUCAAAGAGAUGGCUGCUACUACGAGUGCUUUCUCCUUGACAAGGAGUAUGGGGGGAAGUAUUGGCUUGGCUGUUUUCACCGCAGUCUUGAAUACCAACCUCCGUACUCGCUUCGCAAAGAUUCCAGGAUAUGGGACUGAAUUCACUGUGCCUAGGUCCGCCUCUGACUAUGCCGCUCUUCAGAAUUUGCCAGAUGGAACAAUGAAAGACCAAGUCAUGACAGGGUUUGCAAAUUCUUUUAGGCAAUGCUGGAUCAUCGGUUGUGCCUUCUUCUUGGGAUCUCUUGUCUUAACCCUUUGGACCAAAUCAUAUAGCACAAGGCGCUCUAAGCUCCAAGCAGGGCUUAUUGAAGGGGAGGCCCAGGAACAAACAGACCUAGAAGCUCAGAUUGAGGUACCCAGGAAUGGGGAUAGAACUACUGAACUCCCAUUGACCGGAUAUUACACAGUCGACGAGUUCUCUGGGGAAGAAGCGAAGCAAGGCGAUCGCAGGAUUCCAAAAGAAUUAAGCUGAAAAGGUCUAUCGAUUGUUAUACAUUUAUUUACUCAUCCAGUAUCGCAUGAAGAGCGCCGAUGGUAAGUUGGGCACUAUAUGCUACCGCUCUUAAUACAGUUAGGCGAUCAGUUGAAAAAAGUACUUCCAUUACCUCUUAUACAUGAUUUACUCGCUGCUUAGAUACGAAUUACAAAGAAUCGCCGCCAAAGAUCGAUAAUUAACUCCAUAAUUCACAGCGUUCCCCACGCAUUUUCUUUAACUGCUGUAGACAGGAGUCUCGCCUUUCCUCCCUUCAGAUAAGAGUACAACUGCGUAUUUGCCAGAGAUUUUCCAUCCGGGUUCCUCCUCGUCGAGUUUCUCUCCAACGCCAGUUGGAAUACCGACCACGACAUCAGACUUGAUCGUUCGGAGUGAGCAGACAGGAGGCGAUCCAGCCUCUGAGGCCAAAGGACCAAUAGCAAUAGAGAACGGAGUAUCCAAAGGAGCAUGGCAGUCGUAUGUAAGCUUGCGAUGAUUGAGAUCACCCUUGAAGAUGACAAGGUCUGAUUCGGAAAGAUACUGAAAGAGAUCAGGUGCCUCAGAAUGGAGGUCCCACUGACAGCAUCUCCUGUCAAUAAUCAUUCCGCAAAUAAACAGGAAAGGGUCAAAGACUCACGAAAGUAUAUCCGGUACACCAGAAUGGGUGAGCUAUGAGUCAAUUAGCUACUUGUCAUCGCUUAGUUUCCUGGUUUCCUGACCGCACUCACCCUCGUACUUCCACUUGCCCUCUUUCUCGUACUUCUUCCACCUGUGACCAAGGGUCCUCAACGAGUCCAUUUCGACGUCAGUAGCUUCUUCGAACAGAUGACCGUAAACACAAGAGUUGAGGAUCCUAAACUGCUGUCAAUCACAAAUGUCUACAUCAUAGCCAUGGCCACGUACCAGUCCCAAUCCUUUUUGGUAACGUCACUGACGAACCAGGGGAUCUUUUUGCCGUGGAAGAUUACCUGACUGCAAAUGCCACUUUGGAUGAGCCAAUCGGCGUAGACCAUGUCGCAAUACAGCUCGAAGCCAGCAUUGUCUAACACAAAAUCGAUACGGCCUCCCUUCAAAGUAGCAACGUAAUUUGCAAGUUUAUGAAGAUCAUUGCCCAGGAUAUUCUUCUCAGUGGCCGCAAGAUGGUCACCGCCAGUUGACUGCAGUUUUUUAAUAUCAUCCUCAGUCAUGUCGAUAAGGAGAGACAAGUCGGUGGAAUUACCCCACAGACAAACUAAUCGUUUGUGUUCAGCUGCAAAGAGCUACAAUUUGCCAUGCGACACUCACCUUGCGUCAACUCGAGGAAUAGCAACUUCUUCUUCUCCAACUGCUCUUCUUCUGACAAGUUGGCAUCAAUGGUCUGAGACUCAGAGAAUCGUUGGGAAAGCUCAAAGACAGCUUGGUUGGAGCGAGAAAAGGUGUCGCAUUUCUGACGGAAGAAGACGUCUGACAACAAUAUCAGUCUUAUUUCGGUCACAUACCAUUCAUGGAUCAACUUACCGUACUCGACAAAAUACUUGCUCAAUGAGAAACAUUCUCUCAAUCUUCGGUACUUGUAAGCUUCAGCAAAGAGCCAAGGGGCAUUCAUGAAAUCUUUGCCUCUGAAGAAUUUGGCGAUUUCCUUAGUAAAAUAGUCGAGUUAACUGCAGUACGACCUAUUCAAAGAAUAUGAGGUCCUACCUUGUUCCAUAAUGCAAUAUCGCCCGCCCCAUCGUCAAUGAUUGGACGAAGUUUGCUGUUUCCUUGGAGAUCGCCCAUCAAGUGCUCCAUCCUUCCGAUGCAGUUUACAAGAUCCACGAUACGGUCCUCGUCGUAUUCCUGAUUGACAGACUUCCAAACAUCGUCGAUGGCCUUCCCAAGGAUAGUAGGGAGUCGGACGCCCAUGGUAGCCUAACGAUGUAACGAAUCAGCCAUCAUUUACAGCCUACUAAAAUGGUUGCGUACGUGAGCAAAAGAAUACUCAUGGUAGCCUCGGUCUAAAGAGUAUUCGUUAGAAUCGGGUGAUGCAGACUCAAGAGCUGGAAUUGAAGGACGCACAAGCAGGCCAAGGAGGUUGGUCUUCAGAUAUGGAUCAGCAUACAUACAUGUGUGGCAUUAUACAGCAUUAUAACUCACUUGGGUUAACCCUAGAUGGUGUUCGUGGGUAUUGCUAUUAAGAAUCAACUGAUGUGUCAGCGGUCUGGCGAUUAUAAAUAGUCGGAAACUCAAACCACUCACAUUAGCGUUCUGUCGAAGCUCGUUCGCCUUUGGUUUUGGGGGAAGAUUGCCCAAGUUCAGCUGAAAAAUCCUUGAUGGUCAGCGGAUUGGCCAUGGGAACCGUUUCUCCGUCAUCAAAUCGUUACGCUGCACGCACCACGGUCUUCUGAGGCGCCUUCGCGCUGGGGUGACUCUUGUUGGUUCCGCUCUCGUUGCUCAUAUUGUACUUUAUGGAUAAAUCCGGUGUAACUGAAGGUGAUAUCAAAAUUCAAGAUGUG